AUAUUUUUUGUAUCUGUGAUAUUUCAGAGGAACAGACGUCCAUUAAAAAAAGGAGACAGAGAAACUAGUGAUUCUCUGCAACUUCAUGUGUGCAUUCGCGAACAAACCUAACCUAACCUUUCAUAGCGAACGCAUCAACGCAUCACUCGUCAAGAGCAGUGAAGAGGAUACCUAGGAAAGUAAAGGAGUGUCAGGUUCUCAAUUUUUCUCCAGCCAUCAAAUUGUAAAAAAAGAUCUGUAGGAAAAGAGAAGAAAGAAGCUUGAAAAGAAAUGAUGAACGAGAAGAUGAUGGACGCGCGGAGGCGCGAGAGAGAACUGAUAGGAUUACGUGGAGUUUCCGAAGCCUGGAGCAAAUCUCCAACACAAAUCGAAUAUAGCUCAGACGAGGAGGACGAGGAUCUGAACAAACACAAGGAUAACGCUUUACCAAAGGAUCGCAAAAGAAAAAGACACGAUGCUAAAAAGAAGAAGAGUAAGAAACAGAAGAAGGAGAAGAAGGCGAAAAAGGAAAGAAAGAGGGAAAAGAAGGCGAAGAAAGAAGCCAAGAAAAAGAAGAAGAAGAAGGCAAGGAAAGAAACUGACAGUAGUUCUGACGACAGUGACAGCAGUAAUAGCGGCGAUGAGGAGGUCUGGGUAGAGAAAACCGCGAUCACUGAUAAGCCAAAACCGAAGAAAGGCUCGAGCUCGGACGACAGCGGGGACGAUGGUACGGUCGGACCUGCGCCGAAACCACACGUGACUCUCUCGGCCAAGGACUUCGGCAAGGCGCUGCUCCCGGGUGAGGGUGCAGCAAUGGCGGCUUACGUCGCCGAGGGGAAACGCAUACCCAGGAGAGGUGAGAUCGGUCUCACGUCAGAGGAGAUCGCAGCGUACGAGUCGGUCGGUUACGUCAUGAGUGGUAGCAGGCAUCGUCGCAUGGAAGCGGUUCGUAUCCGAAAGGAGAACCAGAUUUAUUCUGCUGAUGAGAAGCGUGCCUUGGCGAUGUUCAGCAAAGAAGAACGGCAGAAGAGGGAAAAUCUUAUAUUGGGGCAAUUUAGAGAGAUGAUUAACCACAAGAAAAUGGCGCAAGAAAAGAAAAGUUAAAAACCUCAUCAUAUCUAUAGAGAUUUCUAUAUAGGAUGUCUCAAGUUUAUACAGAAAAUCUAGAGAUAAAUACUCUGUAUAUAUGUUUGUACUUUUUAUGUUUAGUUAAUAUCUCUGUUGUAAAUAUUGCAAGAUUGUGCUGCAUUUUUCGACUCAGUUUAGUUCGUUCUAUCUGUCUACCAUAAAUGAUAGUUACACUUGAUAUCAGACACUCUAUAUAUUGUAUAAUUUUAAGUUUUUGUAAAUUGUAAGACAAUGUACAUAGAAAAUAUCAAUUCAUGUACAUAUUUGAUAAUAAAUAGUAAGUCAUUUUCUUAA